CUAGUGUAGCGUGAGAAAUUUUCGAUUGCGGUCAAACUUAUUUUGCAAUCCGUGGCUUGGGACCUAGCCGUAGUCGCUCCAGCUCCUACCAGUUAAUUGUUAGCUGUUCACCUGCUCCGAGAUGGCUUGGCCAAUUUUAUGGCUACUCCUUACCAUAGCACAUUUUGUAGAUCCCCAACAAACAACUGCGGGGGAAUGUUGUUCCGAUGAUCAGAAUACUGAGGUGGCAGAGAAUGAGGUACAAGAAGUGGAGUUGGCAGCCGCUUGCCCUGAGCUCAGUGAACAAAUCAUUGGUGGUAGGCCGAGUUCGGUAACCAGACACCCGUAUCAGGUGUCUAUGGUGAUGAAUGGAAACUCUUUCUGCGGUGGUUUUAUAAUUAGCAGAGAUUAUGUUCUCACGGCGGCACAUUGCGUGCAAAACACAGCCCCAGAAGCAAUUCGAUUGCGAGUGGGCAGUACACGACGAGACUCCGGAGGUCGCAUCGUCAGUGUAUCUGCAGUCACCGUGCACCCUCAAUACGGGCAGCCACAGUUUGACCAUGACAUUGCUGCAUUGCGACUUUCACAGCCACUGGUCUUUGGGCCAGCAAUCCAACCUAUUAGACUUCCUCGACCUCGUCAAGCUGUACCACUUGUGCGACUAACUGUUACUGGCUGGGGACUAACUGCUCCGGGAGGGCGUAGAAUUCCAAGGACAAUGAUGGAAGCCAAUGUACCAGUUGUUCCACACUGGUUAUGUAGACUUUCAUAUGGAGACUCGCUCACGAGAAAUAUGUUUUGUGGGGGGCACUUCCUAAUCGGAGGCGUAUCAUCAUGUCAGGGUGAUUCUGGCGGUCCAGCAGUUUUCAGAGGAACCGCUUUUGGUAUUGUAUCGUUUGCUAGAGGAUGCGCUCUGCCUUUGUCGCCGACCGUCUUCAGUAACAUAGCCUCUUUACGAGACUGGGUCACACAGACUACUGGAGUUUGAUUGUCACUCUGAAAUGAACUUUA